CCAGAUCAGGCUGGGGGUUAUCAGGGACCCAGGCACUGUGCACCCCCCUACCAUGUGGGAACUGCGGUCAGCCUCCUUCUGGAGGGCCGUAUUUGCUGAGUUCUUUGCCACCCUCUUUUAUAUCUUCUUUGGGCUGGGGGCCUCACUGCGCUGGGCCCCUGGACCCCCCCAUGUCCUUCAGGUGGCUCUGGCCUUUGGCCUGGCCCUGGCUACUCUGGUGCAGACUGUGGGCCACAUCAGUGGAGCCCACGUCAAUCCUGCAGUCACUUUUGCCUUCCUUGUGGGCUCUCAGAUGUCUCUGCUCCGAGCCUUCUGCUAUAUGGCAGCCCAACUCCUGGGAGCUGUGGCAGGGGCCGCUGUUCUGUAUAGCGUUACCCCGCCUACCGUCAGAGGAAACCUAGCACUUAAUGUGUUGCACCCUGGGGUGAGUGUGGGCCAGGCCACCAUGGUGGAGAUCUUCCUGACACUCCAGUUAGUGCUCUGUAUCUUUGCAACGUACGACGAGAGGCGGAAUGGCCGUCUGGGCUCAGUGGCCCUAGCUGUUGGCUUCUCCCUCACCCUGGGGCACCUCUUUGGGAUGUAUUACACCGGUGCAGGCAUGAACCCUGCCCGCUCCUUUGCUCCUGCCAUUCUCACCAGAAACUUCACCAACCACUGGGUAUACUGGCUGGGCCCCAUCAUUGGAGGGGGCCUGGGCAGUCUCCUUUAUGACUUUCUCCUCUUCCCCCGGCUCAAGAGUGUUUCUGAGAGACUGUCUAUUCUCAAGGGUGCCAGGCCCAGUGACUCCAAUGGACAACCAGAGAGCACAGGGGAACCUGUCGAACUGAAGACUCAGCCUCUGUAAAGUUCCGGUUGGAUAAUGGGAGUAGCUUGGGAUACCUGGGUUGUCUCCAGGCUGUACCCUUGAGCAUCACUCGUCAUGCAAGUCUCAUUGGGAUGCUUGGUCCCCCUGAGUCUCUGUGUCUUCAUCUGCAGAAUGGAGAUGAUGGUACCUAUCGUUUGGGACUCUUCUGAAGCUCAAAGUGUAAUAAUGUUGUGAAAGCAUUUUACAGAGUGUACUAGGAAGUGGGUUAUUUUUGUACAAAUGAUUUCCUUUCUUUUGUGAGUUAAUUUCUUGGGUUAUAUUCCCUGGAAUGGGCUCACUGGUUCAAAGGCUAUGACCUAGGUUAAUCGGUUGAUUCAAAAUCAAUUUGUUCAGUAAAUAUGUAUUACAUGCUUCCUAUAGGCCAAGUUCUAUUCUGGGCAUUGAGAAAUGCAGCAAUAAAUAAAAUGAAGCCUUGA